AUGGAGGAUCCAAUAAAACAGGUAAACGAUCUAGUCGGAAGCAUUGCUUCGGUUGUGCGACCAUUGAGCAGUGAUGUGCGGGAUGUUUCGUCUAUUGUUGGCAGCUCCCAGGAUCUCCAACAUGGCAUCACAUCAAUCGACACCAUGUCUACCUAUCGCAGUGAUAUAUACAAUGAAAUGCUAGCAGAUGUAAAGGAUCAACACGGAAAGAUGGCUAAGUUACCCAAUGAUUAUAGCGCACCAAUUACAUGUCAUGCAAAUGACACUGGGUCAUUUCACACGACCGUGGAAUCGGACAACCAAUCAGGGUGUAGGUACGCCCGAUAUAGUGUUGUGAAAGAAGAAAACGAUGCGUGGACUGCCAAGUCUACCGUACUGCCGUCUACGGGGCACCCAAACAAACGCGACAGUAUGGGCAUCAACUACCUUCGAAAUGCAGAUGAACGUGACCCACUAUUGGUAACAGGAGAAGCUUUUGCGUCCUUAAACCUGAAAUCUAAGAAUGUGUGGAUGCGUGGGAGUGCCAAUUCUCAUAUUUACGACGUUGAAGGAAGCAAACUCAAGCCAUCCACGUAUUUGCGUAGGGGGAUCGCAUCGCCCCAAUUUAGUAAGCCUGGGAAUCCCAUAUUUAGGCAUAAUAAAUAUGAUAAAGAUUCUUCUACCUCCAACAAGGGUUAUGAUGUGGAGUUGUCGUCCAAUUCAACAAGAUACAGAGACGCAUCUACAACACCUAACAACACGUCAUUCCAACAGUCUAAAUCUUCCAGGGGAUUUUUCUGGCACAAACCCUUUGGUACAUCCCGAAAGGAUAAAUUAAUGUUUUUCAGGGGGUUGCCCUAUGUUGAGACUCUAAAUCCCGGAGUGCAAAAGUCGUGGCACCUGGAAGCCAUAUCGGCGUUAACUAGGGAUCAAUAUGCCUCUUUGAAAAUGACCAUGUUGAGGUUGACCAAUGGAAAUACCAACCUCGACCCAAAGUUACUGCUCAUACUUUCUAGUGGAAGAUGGGAGGUGCUUCAGGAAGGUACAUUUGGUACUGUAUAUAUAGGAUGCGUAGAGGGGAUGGGUAAUAGUGCAGUCAAAGUACCUGUGUCUGGCAUGGUUCAACAAGAUCCUGUUGGUGUAAUGCGCAGGUAUAUAAAUGAAUGGGAUAUAUUGUCACGUUGUAAUCAUCCAAAUAUUGUCAAAUUGCGAGGGGGUCUAAUUUUUGGUGUCUUCGAUAUUUGGCUGUGCACGGAACUUAUAAGGGGGGCCGACCUGCACAGCAUAAAGUACGGUGAGCACACCAAGCGUUUCAUCAGCGCAAAAGCCGGUCUAAAAAUGUGUAGGCAACUUGCUGAUGCAAUACUCUAUCUCCAUACACCAACAGACGAAAGAGGUAAAAUCGUUCAUAGGGAUAUCAAACCAGAAAAUAUCAUAGUCAUGCCAAAUUGGGAUAUCAAACUUUGCGAUUUUGGUGAUGCCUGCGAAAAUGCCGAUGGAAACGUAGAUAAUAUUUCUGGAGCGACUUGGCUUUACGCUCCUCCGGAGCUCCUAACGCACAAGUCCAUAAUGGUUGACAUUGUUGGGCUGGGAGGUAACGCUUGUAUAGUUUCAAACGAGUUAUCCGAAAAAUGGGAUAUAUGGUCUAUGGGCUGUGUAUUCCAAGAAAUGUUCGGAUAUAGUGGGCCUUUUCACUACCUUGUUGAUGCGCAGGACAAACCUGCGAAGAUAUGCGAGAAAAUGGUAGCAAGCGCCAUCAAGGGUCUUGUUCCACACAUCCCUCAUGCGCUGGCACAUACAAGAAUGGGCCAACUUAUCGCACAAUGCCUGCAGAACGACCCAAAUGCAAGACCUAGUGCAUCCCAAAUAUGUUCAAUUCUGCGAGCACCUGAUACGGUGUUGCUUCAUUAA